AUAUUUUCGAGUUGGAACUCUUGGAAUAAUUUAUUUGCUUUUGCAAAAGUUAAUUGUUAUAUUUUAUAGUUCUAUGUUGUCUUGGUACCAUGAUGAUGCUUCCCUUUUUUUCUCUCUUUGGAUAUAUCUUCUUUUUUAUACUUUAAGAUAAGGAGACACCUUCUUAAUUCUUCUUUACAUGGCAGAGACUGAGUGGACCUACAGGAAUGAUAAUGGACUGGCAAGGAGCACCGGCAAGUCCGAGUUCAUACACUGUAAAACGAAUUGUUCGCCUAGAAAUUCCUGUUGAGAAUUAUCCAAAUUUCAAUUUUGUUGGGCGGCUUUUGGGUCCUAGAGGAAAUUCACUUAAACGAGUGGAAGCCACUACAGGAUGCCGCGUGUAUAUUAGAGGAGAAGGUUCAAUAAAGGACCCAGACAAGGUAAUGCAAGGGAUCUCACCAUACUGUGAUGCAUUUUUGUGGUGUUCAUUAUUACUUAUGAAGACUCAUUAUGAAGUAGCUAUAUAGUUGAUUGAAAACCUGCGAAUGAUGCACACAACGAAAGGGUCAAGAAAAAAGUAAGCAGCUAACACUGCUGCUUCUUUUAAUGCCUGUUCCUGAGAAACAUGAAAGCAGAAAUCAUAAUCUCAACCAUGAAAACAAUGACAUCAUAACUUAAUUUAGCAUGUUGCGUAUAAAUUGAAUCAUGUAGAAAAUUUCAGAAUACCUCAAGAUAUUAUUUGUUCAUUUCCUCCCAAAAAGUAAAGAGGGGUAAUUUGGAGUUCUAUUCACGAAAGAAGGCUCCUUUGAUUUUACUUUUAUAGCCUGAAACUCAAAUAGGCAAUUCCACAUUAGAGCUGUCAUUGAUCUGAUUUUCAAAAUAUAGUAUCCUACUAGGUUUCCAUCCUUUGGGAUCUAGAAAUCUUGUAAUUCAAAAUCGAGUUUUUUAAAGCUUUUCCUUGUGAUCCUGUGAUAAAUUUAAACCUUCAAGUUAAUGAUGAAAGGAUUAUGGGACCAAUUCUUAGAUUUCUUGUUUACUUUUUGCUCUUUAACUUUUGGCAACUUCUUUGAAUGGCUAUGCUAUGAUACAUGCUUUUGCAAUGAUUCCCAGCAGCCAAACAUUAUAAUUGUAAACCUCAAUGGAAAGGAAAAAGGGCAAGCUUGUAUUCAAGGUUAACUUUAUUCUCAAUAAUC